CUGGGAGCGGUAAACGCGCUAUUGAAUUGAAUGAACGACGGUGACGCAAAAGCUUCACGAGCGAACCAGAUUAGACAGACUCUGGCUUGUCAUUGUUAGCUGUUCCUGUCACCCUUACCGGGGUCGUUUGUCCAUUUCAGCUUAAAAAAGUUAUUCGCAGUCAUUGUGUGCCGUGUACGUGCAUGGGCGUAAAGUGCAGAAGAGAAAACGGGAGGCAUGUGAAGUUACUGUCUGACUCUCACCAGAGAUGAAGAAUUCAGUGGAAGAUGAGUGUGCUGAUUCAGGAGCGGAGACCGGAGGCUGUGAACGAUGAAAAGAUGCAUCCUGGUUUGUUUAUAGGUCUGACUACAGUCUUAUGUCAUCAGCAAGCAGUGAUUUGUCCAUGGGGGACCUACAAGACCCUUUCCUAGUUUCUAUCCACAUCAUCACUGACCCCGGUCAGGCCAAAACGCUCCAGCAAGCAGCUGAUCAGGUCCUUUCCUGGCUCCACCCGGAACUUACCCUCUUCAGGGUGUCAGAACGGGCAGGCGGUCUCUCUCGAAAGCCCAAGGCCCACCUACAGCGCGUCACUGAACCGCCAUCACACCAGCCAUCCUUGGCCGUCAUCCUAUUUCUACAGGAUGAAUACGGAGGUGAAGAGAGUCUUAAACGUCUCCACUGUCAGCUGAGAUGCCCACCGUGGCGAUACCACCACACAGAGCGUGUGAACGGACGAGGGCUGUUGCCCCUUUCACCAGCCAGCCAGGACUUUGUUACACUGGCACCAGGCACACCGCUAUGGGCACUUCGCCAGGUCCACUAUGGCAAAGAGAUUGUGCGUUUUACGGUCUACUGUCGCUACGAGACCUACACUGAACAGGUGCGUCUGUACAGGCUGCUCCUGCGCCGAAGGCUUGCCCAGAAGAAGGAGGAUUUCUGCUUCUGUGUGGUCUACUCCAACCCUGAGACAGAAAUCCAGUUGUCGUUCAAGCGGGUGCCCCGAGGCCAGAGCCCCACCCCCACUGAAAAUGCUGUGAUGGAGAUUCGAGUGAGGGAUAUCGGUGAACUCGUGCCAUUGCUGCCACGCCCCUGCACGGCCAUCAGUGAUGUCCGCUGGCAAACCAACGAUUAUGAUGGUAACAAAAUAUUGCUACAGGUUCAGGGUUCACGGUAUUACCGCAAACAUACCAUUGCAAAGUUUUAUCACCUUCCACCUGAAGAUCCUCCGGUCACCUCCCUUCCUCCACCAGAGCCGCCCCUUCCUCCUCCUCCUCCUCCUCCACCAUACGGCCGCGGCCCUGCAUCCUACCGGAAUCGGCGCUACCACCGGAACUCCUCGCGUUUGCGGACCCAGACCCUUCCGUCUCCUGUCACACACGCCUCCAGGACGUCUCCACCUACUCUGUGUGAUCAGGAGGGCCGCAUGGAGAAGCUCCAGAGGGAUGUGGAACUCUUUCGGGCUGGAUGGACAGGCCACCGCACACAGUCCCUCUUUUCUCUGCCUACAGAUGAGCCCCGCUCCUUGUGUGCCUCCCCGUCAAGCUUCCGUCCUCGCUGCUUCUCUUCCAUGGCUACUCCAAUUUUCCGUGUCAAUGUCGAUACGCUAGUGGGAGCUGAAGAGACAGAUGUGGACACAGGACAAACCAUCAGCGCCAGCUCUGUGGACCUGUCAGUGGUCUCAGGUUAUUCCCAUCCACAGCUGAGGCCCCAUCUAAAGGCCAAAGCACCACGGCCCAAGUCAGCUCCUCCAACAGAUGGAGGUCUUGACUUUGCUGAACUGACCUAUAAUAACAAAUCCUUCUCUGUAAGACAGACUUCUGUGCCGCUUAGAACACAGAGUGUCUCUGCAAAAUCUACACCUAUAGUACACAAACCACAGCUGAAGAAUGUGUGGGUCUCACAGCCAGAUGCGCUGCAGGACAGCGGACAGCAGAACGGCAAUGGUAUUGCAAACAUAGAUGACUGUAGUCAAGAAGGCACUGCGGAGGAUGAGCAAGAAUUUUACAUCUGACACGUGCAGGACCGUCAUCUCAUUAACAUGUAUGCAGACAUCCUCAUGUCUUUCCAAACCCAUAAUACUUUGGGUCAUCUUCGGAAGACAAAGUAAGAUAUCUUUUAUGAAACCUAAGAAGUUUCUGUCCCUUUCAUUGCAAGUCCAGGAGACUAAAACUUAUUUAAAAUGAUAAUUGAACAGUUUAAUCCAAAACUUUUGAAAAUAUACAAUCACUUUAUAUGAACAGAUUAAAUUUAAGCUUUUGUCCUAGUGGAGAGAGAUUUAUUAUGACAAAUAAAUGACAGAAUUUUGGGGUAAACUAACCCUUGUAAAAGCUUUGAUGUUGUAGCAAAUGUGUUUUAUUAUCAACAUGCGAUGCUUAAUGUGCAUUCAUGAUGAAUUACUUUACUUGUUGUAUGCGGUUAUAUUCUGUAAUGUUUCAUAAUAGUUUUAUAAUAACAAAAGAUCAAUUGCUGAUGUCAGAAAACUCAAAAUGAAUGUAACUCUACCACCUAGUGGUUGAACAUUGCAACUACACAGGUGCUAGACACUUGUAUUAUGCCACAUCACAACUUUAUUAGAGAAAAAAUAUUUACUUCUCUACAAUUUGUAGAUUUUCACUAUUUGUUAUGUAUAAGAGUUUAGGAAAAUUGUUUUGUGUCUGGCCUGAGUUUACAUUAUCACAUAUUUUAAAUUAUAUGUACAUACUUUGUUUUAAAUAUCAGUGACCAAGAUUUUAUUAGAAUGACUUCUGUGCAAAAUACCAAUGAUUAUGUGGAUAGACAAGAAAAUAAUCAAGGAAUUCAUUAAUGUUUGCAUUUACAAAUAUAAUGUAAUGAUGUUAUUUUUCAGUUCAUGGUGUGAAUUACUUUCUAUUGAUGUGAUGUAAUAAAACCGAAUAAUUAUUAUGUUUAUUAUAAGGCUUAGCAGCUGUUUCUAGUAGAGAAAAAAUUGAAAAUAAAUUGUGGGAAGUUCUUCUCAUA